UUCUAAUAACCUUCAAUUCCAAGCCACUUGAAUCAUUUGCUUGCGCCACAACAUCGAGCCAUUGAGAAAGACUACAAGUCUGCUACUCACAAUGGCAGACUCGGUGAAUGAGAAGGAAAAAAUUGGCUCAUCACCACGACCUGAGGAGAACGGCAUCGGCAAGACGACACAGGAGGUCACACUGACCAAAGAUGGCUUCAGCGUACAUCCUCAGCCCGUCGCGGGCGAUGCCAUGGAUCCCCUCAACUGGUCCGCCUUCCAGAAGAACACGAUCCUCGCCAUCGUGAUGGCAUUAUACUUCAUGUUCACCUACAUCACGACAACAACGGUCCCCUCCUUCCCCGAGCUACAAGAGCAAUACUCCCUCACCCUCGAAAUGGUAAACUGGACUGUCGCCAUCCCGGCCCUCGGCCUCGCCAUCGGCCCCUUGAUAUGGUCCUCCCCCGCGGACAGCAUCGGCCGCCGGCCCAUAUUCAUCGCAGGCACCGUCGUCGCCUUCGCCGCGACCAUUGGCGCCGCAAAGGCCCCUUCGUACGGGGGUUACAUGGCGGCACGCCUCUUCCAGGGGCUUGGCGUCAGUCCCGCCGCGACGGUCGGACUAGCCAUCAUCAACGACAUGUUCUUCGAGCACGAGCGCGGACAAAAGGUCGGCCUCUGGGUUUUGGCCAUCGAUUUGGGCCUACUUGCUGGUCCCCUGAUUGGUGGGUUCGUGGAUUUGAUCGAUCACUACUGGAUCCAGUGGAUGACGGCCAUCUUCUUUGCUGUCAUCCUUGUUGCGGAGCUUGCCUUUUUGCCCGAGACACUGUAUCCGAGAGACUAUAUGCUUUCCAAGACCAAAGGUGUCGUGUAUGGUGCCACAGACGGCGCCGUAGACGAGAAGGCUAUGGGAUCGACGGCAGCGCCAGAGACAGUGGAUGUUACGAGGACGAAGAAGUUGGGAUUUUUGAAUGUGAAGCCCGUGCCGGCGAUGAAGCAUCCCAAGCCAUGGGCGUCGAUUGUGCGCUUCGGGAAAUUGUUCAAGUUCUCUGUGGUGCCCAUCGCGACGGGGGUUUACUGCUUCGGGUGGUAUUGGUGGGUGCUGUCGGUCAUCACGAUGAUUCCCGUGGCCUACAUUGAUUAUUCGCCGCAAAUCCAGGGACUCUUCUUUAUCGGGUUGAUUGUCGGAACUCUGAUCUCGGAAAUUUUCUUUUCCGGACAGCUAAGCGACUGGCUUGUGAUAAAGCUCGCAAAGCGCAAUGGAGGCGUCAAAACAGCCGAGAUGCGUCUGUGGCUGGCUUAUCCCGCGGCUCUUCUCACCUCCAUCGGCCUCAUCAUCUGGGGUGUGAGUAUCGACAAGGCAUACCACUGGAUGGUUGGACAGGUUGCCUUUGCUCUAUUCGGUGCGGGGAUUCAAAUGGGCAACACUGCCAUCUGCUCGUACAUUGUCGACGCGUACCCGCUUCAGAGCAUGGCCGUGAUUACCUUUUACGCGGUGCUCCUCAACCUCAGCGCCUUCAUCGAUCCCUUCUUCAUCGCGCCUUGGGUGACGAAUGUCGGCUACACUUGGACAUUUGCAGGACACGGUAUCAUUACCAUCUUUUUCUGCAUACCAGCGCUGGGUCUGUUGCAUAGGUUUGGAGGCGCACUUAGAGCAAAGGCGGGAGAGCCAGAUUGGGUUAACCCCGAGUAUGAUCAUGAUAUUGUGCGGGAAGCUUGAUCUUCAGACAGUAGGCUUUCUGUAGAAGUGC